UACAAUGAAAGGUCGAAUGGAACGCCUUGUCGUUUUUCCAUUCACUGCCGGAUGUGUGUCUUCUUCAAGUGUAUCUAUCUGCAUACAACAUGGAAGACGUCCAAAGGAGGAUAUCAUCUCGUCUCACAUGGUGUGUAGAUCAAAAGAAGGUCCAAAGGAUCAUAACGACACAUCUAGUGAUUAUAUGAUGAAGGGAUCAUCAAGGUUACCAACCCUUUCAAAACCCAAUAUAUACAUUGGAUUUCAUAGGCUCACAAGAUCUAUCAAAAGCUUGUCUCAAUCUCUUGUGUUCAAGGAGGAGACGGAGGAAGCGGAAAUGGAGAUGGAGAUCGGACUUCCAACAGAUGUAAAGCAUGUAACACACAUUGGGUUUGAUGGGUCCACAACCCACAAUGCCAACGGUUGUAACGACAACUUAGACGUCUCAGAUCUUCUCUCGUUGUGUCCUGAUUUUGUGGCUCAGUAUGAGCAACGAGCUACGUUUGUACCAAUAGAUGCAAGUUGUGGGAUGCAAGAUAAAUCAUGUAAGUCACCUGAAAUUAGAGGAAAAUGAAACGUGUGUAUAUAGGAUGCAAAACGUUAUACCAUUUGUGAAGAUUGUAUGAACGAUAAUUAAUGGUUUCGUGCAUGAAAUUGGUCAGUCG